UUAAUGUGGGUCUGUAGGCAAUUACAAGCAGGUCUGUAAGGAAUAGGUUAAGACAAAAGAUCUAGUGGCUUCUGAUUAGUAAGUCAAAAUAAUGAGGUUGCAGAGUAGUCAUGAAUAGUUAAUUAUUACAAGCUUGGAUAAAAUUACUGCAAAGUUUACAACUGUAAUAAACAGUUUUCUACCACAAAUAUUUCAACAUACUUUUAUUCUCAUGGUUACCAAUCAACAAUCUUUGGAACUACUAGAAAAAACUUUCAGUGUUACCAAGUUCUUUGCUAUUCUUAGCAUGUGGAGAGGCAACAACUCAACCUUCUGAGUUACAGAGUAAGCAUUAUUUAUAUUUUGAGGUAAAGUCAUUUUUUAAAAAAUCUGACAAGAUGUAACAGGUGAUUCAGAGCUUUGGGUUCUCAGCCUGGAUCAAUUGGCUCUCACCGUUGAUUAAUAAAGUGAGGUUUUGUAACCUCUGACUCCGGUUAUUUUCUAGCCACUGUUAAGUUAAAGAAAAGGGGAGCUCAUAAUGUUCUGUUUCCACAAGAACCCUGCAAGAGAGGAAUUGUCUUCAUAUUAGAUGGGAAAACUAGGCGAGCAAGGCUUCAACCCACGUGAGCGGCCGCAGAGCAGCUGCCUUUAACACUUCUCUCUCUCUCGGGAUUAUAACACUCCCUUCUGUGACGCGAAGAUUCAGCUCCGGAAAGAAAUCCCCGCACGCGGCCUGCAGCUGGGCUGGGGAGAGAGGCGCGGGCCGGACCGGAAGCCGGGCGACAGCGUGCAGGAGCCCCGCCCUCUUGGGCAGGAUCCCAACUGGGAGGCGGGGCCGAGGGCGGGGCCUGCGCCCGCGGGAAUCCCAAACCCGCCCCUUUCCCCACCCCUCUGCUUCUCGCCAUGGCCCCUGCACUUCUCCUGGUCCCUGCGGCCCUCGCCUCUUUCAUCCUGGCCUUUGGCACCGGAGUGGAGUUCGUGCGCUUUACCUCCCUUCGGCCACUUCUUGGAGGGAUCCCGGAGUCCGGUGGUCCGGAUGCCCGUCAGGGAUGGCUGGCUGCCCUGCAGGACCGCAGCAUCCUUGCCCCCCUGGCUUGGGAUCUGGGGCUCCUGCUACUAUUUGUUGGGCAGCACAGCCUCAUGGCAACCGAGACAGUGAAGGCAUGGACAUCCUGGUACUUUGGGGUCCUUCAGAGGUCACUGUAUGUGGCAUGCACUGCCCUGGCGUUGCAGCUGGUGAUGCGGUACUGGGAGCCUGUACCCAGAGGCCCUGUGUUGUGGGAGGCUCGAGCUGAACCAUGGGCUACCUGGGUGCCACUCCUCUGCUUUGUGCUCCACGUCAUUUCCUGGCUCCUCAUCUUCAGCAUCCUUCUCGUCUUUGACUACGCUGAGCUCAUGGGCCUCAAACAGGUGUACUACCAUGUGCUGGGGCUAGGUGAACCUCUGGCCCUGAAGUCUCCCCGGGCUCUGCGUCUCUUCUCCCACCUGCGCCACCCAGUGUGUGUGGAGCUGCUGACGGUGCUGUGGGUGGUGCCCACCCUGGGCACUGACCGUCUCCUCCUUGCUCUCCUCCUUACUGUCUACCUGGGCCUGGCUCAUGGGCUUGACCAGCAAGACCUCCGCUACCUCCGGGCCCAGCUACAAAGAAAACUGCACCUGCUCUCCCGGCCCCAGGAUGGGGAGGCAGAAUGAGGAGCUAACUCUUGUUCCAAGCCCUGUACUUCCUCACCCCCUCCAAUUCUAAAUCCCUUAAUAUCCAGGCCCUGGUUGCCUCGGACCAUAGGUCCAAAUCCAUGGUCUGAAGGGGGUGUCCUUUUCACUGCUUGAGACCUCAUUCCUUGGGGCCACCACCAUACCCUAAAUUAUGAGUUUCAGCGACUAGACUCCAAGGUCCACUUCUCACCAGGAGGAAGAGGGGGUGUGGAACUCAUCUGUCCCCUCACACUUUAAGGCAUGACUCCCCUUCAUCCAUCCCUCCUCCCCUCCUCCACUCAUCCACAAGAACCUCCUCACAAGGAAAAGGGUCUGCCCUGACCACUCCGCUCACUCGCCUCUGAGCCUCAGGGAUCCCCUUCUCCACGUCUCGCUUCCGCUCCAAGGAGCUGGACCAGGGUCUGCAAAUUUGACAGUAGUGGCCACCCCCUCCUGACCCCACGCCUUGCCUCUCCACUUCCUGCCCUAGUCUCUCCACCACCUCAGGCCUCGCCCCUGGGCUCCAUUCCCCGAACUCAGUUGAGAGGAUUCUCUCCUUCAUAACUAGGUAGCUUAGGGUUCCCUGCCCUCCUGAGGAACACGCACUGCAGGAAAAUAAAAUUCAGCCUGUUUUUUCUACAUA